CAUGGGACAACUGAUCGCCAAGUUGAUGGGCAUCUUCGGGAACCAGGAACACAAGGUUAUCAUCGUGGGACUGGACAAUGCAGGAAAGACCACCAUUCUCUACCAGUUCCUGAUGAAUGAAGUGAUCCAUACAUCUCCCACCAUCGGUAGCAACGUGGAGGAGAUUGUUCUGCAAAAGACACACUUCCUCGUGUGGGACAUAGGGGGACAGGAGGCUCUGCGCUCUACCUGGAACUCAUACUACUCCAACACGGAGUUCAUCAUCCUUGUGAUUGACAGCACGGACCGGGACCGGCUGCUGACCACUCGAGAGGAGCUGCAUAAGAUGCUGGCCCAUGAGGCUCUGCGAGACGCUUCGGUCCUGAUCUUUGCCAACAAGCAGGAUAUGAAGAACUCCAUGACCACCGUGGAGAUCUCUCAAUUCCUCACUCUUAGCGCAAUAAAAGACCACCCAUGGCACAUACAGGGCUGCUGUGCCCUCACCGGGGAAGGGCUGCCUGCGGGGCUCCAGUGGAUGCACUCUCAGGCCACCGCCAACUGAUGUCCUGACCUGAGGCUAACCAAAAACUUUGGGGGUUUUGCUUGGCCUUCAUGGGUGGAAGACCCAAGUGACUAUUAUUUUUCUACAAUUCUCUGAAGGCUGCUGGGACAGCAAUGGAUAGUGAGAUUGCCACAGUCCAACCAAUCCUGCCACUGAGUGGCUAGGCUGCCCACCCUGAAUUGCUGCAGAUGGGACAGCAGAAGAGCUGCUCUUCACUCAGUGGAAACAGGUGUCCUUGGAGGCACAGGCAAGCUGUUGGGCACAUCAAGGGUUCGGGAAGUGAAGCCCCAUCCCCUCAGCCCCCAACCCCUUCGAGGCAAAAAAUGGGUGACAGAGUUAAGAGACACCUGGAAUUGGUCUUUAUUUCCUGGGACCACCCCCCGCCAUCCCUUGAUUCCUGCCCCAGCUUUCUGGCCCCUUAGCCAUCUUUGAGCAAAGGAGAUUCCAGAAAGGUGAAAGGACAGGCUCAGGGGAAGGAGGGGAGAGCCAAACACUGGUGGGAAGGGAGAAGGAGAAGGAUGGGACAUCCCAGGCAGAAUAGUCCCUUGCACUUUGGGGAGUUCCACUCUUCCUUGCCUUUCUGUUCCCUCUGAGAUGCUGGCUCUGACCACAGCUUUUGAGUGGUGAGCCGUCCCAUCCUAUGCCCUCCAGUCCUUCCAGUGUGAAUCCCACGCCUCCCAAACGUCUUCAAUUUCCACAGUGUGCCUGUCUCGAUGGUCUUUUGUAAUGAUUUUUUCAUUGUUUUAGAGUUUUUUAAUACAAGUGUAAUAAAUGCCAUUGAAAACUGC